UAUACUCUAAGAAUGAUCUCGCCCAAUUGAAAAUAGUAAACACAAUUUAUAACUAGAAUCUAGAUGCACGCACGAGGAGUAGAAAUAAAACAUGAACCCUAGUUCAUCAUCAUGAAUUAUAAUGCUUGACGAACCGCCUGCUGCUGCUGUUUGUCUCUCCAUUUUUGGUAUCAGGGAUGAUGAAACGAGAAGUAGAAGAUGUUGCGGAGUUGAUGCAUCACAUACAAUCACGGUUGCCCAUAGAAGAAGCAGCCCGCACGUGCGUGUUGUCCAAGUCAUGGCUACACGCUUGGUCAACCAUCCCUACCCUCAGGUUUUAUGUUCUCAACGAACGAAGAGGAAUGAGUAUGAAGUUAGUGGAUGUGGAACGCACUCUGAUAAGGAGUUGGCUUCUCAUGCUGAAAAAUGGAUACGCUCCGUGUCAACCAAAACUUGUCUUAAAAAGAUUUUCCUCUCAAUAUUCCCUUCGAGUGUGUGUGCCUUGUUUACACUGCCAGACGAGAUACUCUUGGGUGAGAACCUAACUACGCUAAGAGUUUUAGGUUCGCGAGGGACCGUUUCCGUUCGCAUGACGACGAGCCAUCAUCCUGUGAUCAAGUGUGUGUCCCUACGAGAACUGCACUUGGAUGGUGUGUGCAUAAGUGAAGAGACACUCAAUCUCAUAUUGUCGUCUUGUAGCUUGCUUGUGAAGAUAGAGCUUUCAAAUAUAUACUCUGAUUCUUGCGAGGGGUUCAAGACGAUCAAGGUUAUAAACCUUCCUUGUCUUUACGCAUUAAGUAUAGGUUUAGAUGGUUGGCAAUCUACUUCCUUGGAAAUUCGUGAUGUCCCAAAUCUUGGUGUUUUUAGCUACGACUUAUUUCAUUCAGCACGAUUGUGGGACCCACACCCUUUUCCAUUCAACUCAAAUGCACAUUCGAUAUCAUUAGGAAGCAAUGUGACACACUUAAUGUUAGGUGGUGUGAUAGCGGACAACGCGGGUCUGGACAUGAUCAAAUCAGGAUUUCCCUUUCUCAUGUGUUUGACGCUUUAUCUGACAUCUUGGAUGUUGGGAAGCUUCCAUUUCACAUGUGCUUCAAUCAAGAGAUUGUCCUUGCAGUCGUGCCCAAAAAGCCUUAUCGAUGUACAAGUGCAUGCUCCAAAAUUACUUUUUUUCGACUUUCAUGGCGACAUGUUGCCUAGUCUCUUGUUUCCGGAUUCAUCUCUCUGGUAUAUUAAGCUUUCACUCUCUCUCAACCUUCCUGUUGAUGCUGACUUUUUUCUUAAGAUGAGGGAAGCCCUCACUUUAUCACAAAAGUGCGAUCUUCGUCUAACAACUAGGAACAACUCUAAGCUGCCAUUCGACAUUGACAUCGAGGAUCUGAGAACAAGGCUCCUCUUUCCUCCUGCUACGAACGUGCAAAAAUUCGAGUUUCAAACAGUUGAGGACGAUUGCCUGUCGGACCGAUCCCCAUUUUUUGAUGCAUUCUUUAAGAUUUGCCAUCCCAAACACGUAUAUGCAAAGCGAGACAUGAUGGAUGAAUACAAUAAUCACUUUUGCAGUGUGAUGCUGAGCGAGAUGACGACAGGAACCACAUUUUGGUCUCAUCAUCUGAAAGAUGUUCAAAUAAGACGCCACAAAAAAUGGGAAACCCUAACAGAUUGUCCGAGAAGCUUUCUACAUGGGAACAUGCACUUCAAACUAUACUGGUGUUAA